AUGGUAACAGCAUCAUCACUACUUUCACCCAGCCUCAGAAUCGCGUACCCCUGUAUGGCCCGGUUUCCAUCACUCUUGCUCAACUGUGGCGGAGUCCUCUAUCCAAGGGCCAUGUCGUCCAACGCCCGCACUUUCCCAGCAGUGGGCUUCGAAAAGCUCCCCUUGCACAUGAAAAUAGAGGAGGAAACGGUCCCAGACUACAAAGCCGAGCGAUUCUACCCUGUCGUCUUGGGGGAAAUAUUUAAUUCUAGGUACCGGAUCGUUGCAAAACUUGGAUUUGGCACGGCAUCUACUGUUUGGCUUUGUCGUGAUCUCCGAAAUUUAUUAACUCUAAAGGUCUGUACAACUCAGAAAUCAGCAAACGUGAACAAUGAAUUAGCCGUCUCCCGGCAUCUUAGAUCAGUUGAGGGAGAACAUCCGGGUAGAGGAAUACUUCGCCUAACGCUAGACGACUUCCAAGUGGCCGGUCCUCACGGUCUAGAUUUCUUGCAUCAGGCAAACGUGGUUCAUACAGGAAGUCCGGAUGCAUCUAUUUUUCAAAAAAUUGAGCAAACCGAGCUAGAACACCCUUCCGCCCGAAAGGCUCUUUCAGAUCGCACAAUUUACGUUUCACAACCUAUGCCAAUUACCGCUGGCCUACCAACCCUGUGCGACUUUGGUGCGGCGAGGAUAGGGGAGACUCACUUUGGCGAUGUAAUGCCAGGUGUCUACCGAGCGCCAGAGGUAAUCAUGGGAAUGGAAUGGGGCUCAAAGAUAGAUAUAUGGUCGAUUGGAGUAAUGAUAUGGGACCUCUUCGAAGGUGGUCGUUUAUUCCAUGCUAUGAAAGAUGGCGUCCUUAAUGAUGAGCAGCACUUGGCUGAAAUGGUAUCUCUAAUGGGACCACCGCCACAAUGCUUUUUAGAAAAGAGUGAAAAAUGCCAGCAGUACUGGGAUGCUGAAGGCAAUUGGAUUGCGUCAACUCCGAUUCCACUUCAAUCUUUCGAGAGCCGUGAAUGUCGGCUAGAAGGCAAAGACAAGGAGCAGCUACUUUGUCUUAUUCGAACAAUACUGUGUUGGCUCCCCGAAGAAAGACCUUCGGCUCAAGAUCUCAUUGAAAACGAGUUUCUAAUGCAACAUACACUUGAAGACUAG